AUGUCAGAGUCAGUCUCUACCCCAGCAACAGCAGUAGCAGCCGAUGGUGCUGCUUCCUCAGAGACACCAUCAUGGAAGAAGAUUUGGUCAUUAGGUGAAAUGAAAGAUGAUUCAAAGACAUGGACUUUAGCAUCUGAUGCAGGUUUAUUAAAUUAUAUGCAAGAUUUUGCCAAUAGAUUGAUUAAUCAAACAAAGGAACUUGAAAAUCAUGUAGAUAGUUUGGUUCACGAUGUUAAAUCAACUCAUGUUAAAGUACACAAUACAUUUGACCAAUUCCUUAUGUUGUCUCAUUCACAAUUUAUUGAAAAUAGAGUAUAUGAAGAUAAUUCAGAGAUUGAAAAGGUUGAAGAAACAACAACAACAACCGAAACUACACAAGAACUUACAGAGGAAAUGUUGAUUCCAAAGUUUACAAGAGCGAUUGCAUUGGGUCUUACUGCAUUGGACAAGGCAAAUUUAAUGAACUCUGCGAUGGAACAAUCUGAAACUACACCAACCGAUAUUGCCAACGGGGUCGAUGGUAGCAAUGUCGAUUUAUUGCUUGCCGAUGGAUCUGUAUCACCAAGUGCCGCUACAGCCGCUGACAAAAAGGUUGAAAAACUUGAUCAUUAUCUUAGAUAUCCAUUACCACAUAUCAUUGGUUCACAACAAUUUAAAGAUGAUGAUUAUUGUGGUCUUUUCAUUGAAGAAUCAGAUACUGAAUCUAGUGAAUCAGAAGUUAGUGAAUCUGAAUCUGAAUCUGAAUCUGAAAUUGAUGAAGAAAAACCAUUAGAAGGAACGGAUUCAUUACCCAUUUCUACUGGUGGUGUUCCACCUCCAUUCUUUGGUGAAGAGGAUGAUAUUAGACCAACUACCUCUGGCAUGUUUGGUGAUUCUGCUAUUUCAACUCAACCAGAGGAACAAGGCGAAUCAUCAUUAUUUGAUGAUGAUAUAUUUGGUGGUGGAGGAUCAAGUUCAAAUUCAACUGCAAACAAACCAAAAUCAACAUUUACUUCAUCACUUUCAGAUAUUCUUGGUGAUGAUGAUAAUGAUAUUUUUGGAGAUAAAAAACAACAACAAGCUCCUGCCGAAAAGAGAGAUGGAUUCCAAGACGAAUUGGCUGCUGCCAUUGGAUCAGGACCAAAGAAACCAACCAAGUCUGAAGAUGAAGAAUCAAAGGAUGGUUUAUUCGAAGAAGAGGAUAAACCAGCUGCCAAACCAAAGAAAACAAGAUCAAUCUUUGAUGAUGAAGAUGAAGAUGAUUUGUUUGCUCCCAAAUCCUCCUCAUCAUCUGCAAAGAAAAAAGUUACAUUUGAUGAUUCAAUGUUUGAUGAUUCCCCAGCAAACAACAAAACAACAACUACUUCCUCCUCCUCCUCAACCACUCAAAAGAAAUCACUUGGAGAUCUUUUCUCUUCUGAAUUUUUGGAUGAUGAACCAGCUCCAAAGAAAUCAACUUCCUCUUCAUCCUCCUCCUCCUCGUCUACUAAAAAGUCAUUAAGUUUCUUGGAUGAUGAUGGUGAUGACUUGUUAUUUGCACCAAAACCAAAAAAGAAAGAAACUAUAAAGGUGGAAGAACCAGUAGUUGAAGAAGAAAAACCAGCAGCUGCUACUGUAUCUUCUCCUCUAGGAGAUAUAGAAGAACCAGAAGUUAAACCACAACAAGAAGUUAAAAAGAAACCAAUUGGUGGAGUUAAAUUGUUUGACUUUGGAGAUGUUGGAGAAGACGAAUUGUUUUCAGCCAAGAAAAAAGAUACCAAAAAGAAAGACACUACAUCUGAUAUUUUGGGUCUCGAUGGUGAUAUGUUGGAUCGUCCAAACAUCGCAGCCAAGAAGCACGUACCAAAGAAAUACGAUGACUCUUCUGAUAUUUUGGGACUUGGAGGUGCUGCACCAGUAGCAGCAGAGAAAAAGGAAGAAAAGAAACCAGCUAAAAAGGAUUUCUUUAACGAUCUCGAUGAUGAUGAAAUCAUUAAACCAAAGAAAAAAGAAGAAGAAUCAAAACCAACAGCAGCAGCAGCAGCAGCAGCAGUUCAAGAAGAAAAGAAGAUUGAAGAACCAACAAAACCAGUGGUUGUUGAAGAAGAAAAACCAGUCAAGAAAACAAUUGGACCAUUGGGUGAUGUCAUGGAGGAAGAAAUUAUUGUUAAACCCAAAAAGGUUGAAGAAAAGAAGAUUGAAGAACCAACAACAACAAAACCAGUGGAAGAAAAGAAACCAAAGAAAUCAUUUUUCGAUGAUAUCGAUGAAAGUAAUCCUUUGGGUACAAAGGAAACAACCCCAGUCAUUGCCACCAAACCUAAAGAAGAAGUUGUUGUUGCCGCCGCUCCAAAGAAAUCAUUCUUUGAUGACAUUGAUGACAAACCAACAAAAAAGACAGAAGAAAAGAAAAAGAAAUCAUUUUUCGACGACAUUGACGAUAAACCACUCACCAGUGGUUCAACAAGUGACUCUGAUUCAUUAUUUGGAGGUGUUUCAAAGAAACCAUCGUCAUCAUCACAAGAAAAGAAACAAGUUGUAUCAGAUCCAUUUGAUAUCAAGGGAACAAAUGAUGAUAAUAGUUUAUUUGGAAUUGCAAAGAAACCAGCACAACCAAAACAACAAGAAACUGCAGUCGACCCACUCGGAAAUGGUUCAUCAACCCAAGCUCCAGCUGCUGCAACUACAACCAAAAAGACAGACUUUUUCUCUGAAUUGGGAAAUGACAAUCACAAACCAUCGGAAUUGUUUAGUGAUGUACCACAAACCAAAAAGCCAGUCUCAUCGACCAACAAGCCAAGCAAGGAUUUCUUUGCCGACUUUGACGAAAAACCAUCAACCACUGCCUUGGCAAGUAAAGAUGAUAUUUUCGAAACACCAAUCGAUUCCAAGCAAUCAGCUUUUACUCCAAUUGUAAAGGAGGCCGACAGUUCAUCUGAAGGUUUAGGAAUCCCAAAGAAAUCAACCACCACCGCCACCACAACUGUUGAAAAGAAGACUGGUUCUGGAUUAUUUGAAGAUUCAACUUCUUCUCCAUUACUUGGAGUCAAACCAAGCAGUGUAGCCAAAAAGGAAAUGGCUCCAGUUGAAGACAAGGAAGAUAGAAACCCAUCUCCAGCCACCAUCCAAACCAGAGAAAGAACAAAAUCGAUUGGAUCAAUGUUUGAACAACAAUUAAAGGAAAAGGAAAAAGAAAAGGAAAAGGAAAAGGAAAAGGAUCUUGGUAUAAAGAAGGGUGCUCCAAGUGGAAAGAUCUCUAAUCUCCUCGGUGUAUUGGCUCUCGAUCCAUCCAGGAUGGCACCAGGCGCCAAGAUGCCAAGCAAAAAGAAAACUGAAACCGACACUGAAGAGAGUGGAACUGAAGGAAGCAGCCACGAAAAGAGUGAUACUGAAUCGGUCGCCGCUCCAACCAGCAAUGGUACUAGAUCAAGAGCAAGCAGUGUAUCUCAACCACCCGCCAGUGGAGAUGACAAUGACGACGAUGAAAGUUCUAGCAAAUUGGCACAUGCAACAAAGGGUCGUCCCAAAUCUGCCGGUAGAAGAUUACCAACUAGAAAGACUGCUGGAAGAAAACAAACAACUUCUGAAUCAUCAGAUUCUGAAAAGAAAUCCUCCUCCUCCUCCUCCUCCUCUGAACCAUCCAUUUUCGAUAGUAUGCCAUCAACUAGUAAUGGUAGUAGUAAUGCAUCUGAUUCCAGCUUAUUAGGAAUCCCAUCACCAACAAACAAAUCUAAACCAUCUUCACCACUUACCGUUAUUGAUCCUCCAACAACAACAACAAAUGAUAAUAUCACCACUACCACCACCAAACCUAAACCUGUAAAAUCAACUACCCCUGCAAAUGCCGACUCUAUUUUUGAUGAUAUUCCACAAGUACCAGUUCCAACAAAGGCCAAAACAGCAACCACCAAAAAGGCUGCUGCCGCUGCCGCAACUACCACCAAAAAAGAUACACCCAAAAAAGAAUCAGCCUCUGCCGAUUCACUCUUUGAUGAUGUCCCUACCACAACCAAAACAUCAACUAAAAAGAAGACUACUACAGACGAUCUAUUUGGAGAAGAAGCUCCAUCCAAACCAAAAUCAUCCACAUCCAAAAAGGCAUCAGCAACUAAAAAGAAAUCAACAGCUGUUGACAAUCUUUUUGAUUAA